UGUUCGGUCGCCCCGCCUUAUUUCCGGUUACACGAGACCGACCGGGAACAAGAACAUGGCGCAAGUUUAUCUCCUGAAGUAAGCUGAAGGAUUUGGAAAAAAACAACAACAAACAAGGGGGCUUUUAAGCUUCAGACUUGAUCUACAACUCUGUUAAGGUCUCGUGUCCAGGUCCCAGGCUCGGUAUUGUUCCAUGGCCAGCCUUCCCAAACCAGGCCCUGGAAAUGGCCACCCCAUUAAGGCUCAGCUGCAGAUCAAUGGGAUGACAGCCAAGCUGAAGGAGGGCAAGAAGAACUGGUUGAGCUCCAGCGUGUACGUGGAGGUGGCUGUAGACGGUCAGUCCAAGAAAACGGAGAAGUGCAGCAACACGCAGAGCCCCAAGUGGAAGCAUCCUCUCUCUGUGACCGUGUCACCCAUCAGCAAGCUGAAUUUCUGUGUGUGGAUCCACCAGAAACUGAAGUCUGACCAGCUCUUGGGCUCGGCGACGCUCGACAUUAGCGAGACGCUCAAGAGCAACGAUAUGAAGCUGUGUGAUGUUACACAGACGUUGCCGCUAUGUGCAGACAAGGAGCAGACUGAUGUUGGAGAGCUGUGUGUGUGUCUGAAUGGCAUGGAGGUCGACCCAGGAGCAUUCACAUCCUCUGAGGCUGAUAACGAUACCACAACGAACGGAGAAUUGCCUAGAGAGGACUUUGGCAUGAGGAGGAGCAGAGAGAGUUCUCCCAGCGUGGUGGACAUUCCUAAUGGACGUGCCGUCAACGGAACAGGCUCGCCGUCCUUAUCCAAUCGGGUUUCACGACCCCAGAGGCCACCCAGACCCUCUCGACCGCCUCCGCCCACUCCUCCGCGACCGCUGUCUUCUCCAGCAUGCCCUUCAGUCACAGACAGCAGCAGCUCGACUCAGCCAGAGACACCAAUGCAGAUCCCUAACCCCACCCCUGACCCCACCCCGAUCAUCUCUGUUCCCCCGAUGCCCAACCGGAUGCCAGCCACCAACACCGGGCCUCUGCCUCAAGGGUGGGAGCAGCGUAUGGACCCGAGUGGCCGUGUGUACUACGUGGACCACGUGGAGAAAAGGACAUCGUGGGAGAGACCUGAGCCUCUGCCUCCUGGUUGGGAGCGGCGUCUGGACCAGUCGGGACGUGUGUACUAUGUGGAUCACGUGAACCGGACGACGACGUGGCAGCGCCCCACUGUGGAGACGGUGCGCAACUACGAACAGUGGCAGCACCAGCAGAGCCAGUUAGAGGGGGCAAUGCAUCACUUCAACCAGCGCUUCAUCUACAGCGUGCAGGAUCAAGCUGCAGCCACUCAGAAUAAAGAGUACGACCCUCUCGGCCCACUGCCACAAGGAUGGGAGAAGAGAACGGACGCUAACGGCCGAGUGUAUUUCGUGCACCACUUGACUCGCACGACUCAAUGGGAGGAUCCUCGCUCUCAAGGGUCGGAACUUAAUGAGCUGCUGAAUGACAAGCCUCUGCCGGAGGGCUGGGAGAUGAGGUUCACUGUGGACGGAGUUCCGUACUUUGUGGAUCACAACAGAAAAACCACGACUUACACUGACCCACGUACAGGAAAAUCAUCACUUGAAAACGGCCCUCAGAUCAGAUAUGUGCGUGACUUCAAAGCCAAAGUCCAGUACUUCAGAUUCUGGUGUCAGCAAUUAGCGAUGCCGCAGCACAUCAAGAUCACAGUGAGCCGCAAAUCGCUGUUCGAAGACUCGUUCCAGCAGAUCAUGAGCAUUAAUCCCCAAGACCUUCGCCGAAGACUGUGGAUCAUCUUCCCCGGAGAGGAAGGACUGGACUAUGGUGGUGUAACAAGGGAGUGGUUCUUCUUGGUGUCCCACGAGGUGCUGAACCCCAUGUACUGCCUGUUUGAAUACGCUGGUAAGGAUAACUACUGCCUGCAGAUCAACCCAGCUUCAUCCAUCAACCCAGACCACCUCAAAUACUUCCGCUUCAUCGGACGCUUCAUCGCCAUGGCUUUGUUCCAUGGGAAGUUUAUCGACACAGGCUUCUCGCUGCCUUUCUAUAAACGUAUUCUUAACAAACCGCUGACUCUGAACGACCUCGAGACCAUCGACCCGGAGUUCUACAACUCGCUCAUCUGGAUCAGAGAAAACAACAUAGAGGAGUGCGGUCUGGAGAUGUUCUUUUCAGUGGAUAAGGAGAUCCUCGGGGAGAUCACAACACACGACCUGAAACCAGAUGGAGGCAACAUUCAGGUCACGGAGGAGAACAAGGAAGAGUAUAUCAGGCUGGUAGCUGAGUGGAGGUUGUCCCGAGGUGUUGAAGAACAGACACAAGCUUUCUUUGAGGGCUUUAACGAGGUCCUGCCUCAACAGUACCUGCAAUAUUUUGAUGCCAAAGAAUUUGAGGUGGUGUUGUGCGGGAUGCAGGAAAUCGAUCUAGUAGACUGGCAGAGAAACACUAUCUAUAAACACUACACACGCACCAGCAAGCAGAUCGUGUGGUUUUGGCAGUUGGUUAAAGAGAUGGACAACGAGAAGCGAAUGCGUCUGCUGCAGUUCGUCACCGGUACCUGCCGCCUGCCCGUGGGCGGGUUUAACGACCUCAUGGGGAGUAACGGACCACAGAAGUUCUGCGUCGAGAAAACAGGGAAGGAGAACUGGCUGCCCCGGAGUCACACAUGCUUUAACCGCCUGGAUCUGCCUCCGUAUAAAAGCUACGAGCAGCUAAAAGAGAAACUGUUGUUCGCCAUAGAGGAGACAGAGGGCUUUGGGCAGGAGUGACACACACACACACACACACACACACACAAUGUUGGACAGAAGCGCUCAGUCUCUACAUCAGGAUAAAUCAGUAACGAUGAGCUUCUCUAGUUCAUGUCAGCGGUUUUCACUGCCCAUCUUAACAAGGGAUUUUUACUGUCGGUCACACAAAAAGAUUCACAUACAACAAAAACACUAAUCUGUAUUUAAAAGCUGAGAUUAUUCACCUGAGUAGCGGGAGAUGUUUGGGUAUAAACUUAGUCAUGGAUUGGAUUAUGGGCUUAUUUAGAUCUAUAUUUUAUUUAAUUUGCUCUCACAACUUCUCACAACGGAAACAAAGUGAAACAAUGUGGUGAUGUGACUGCAGUGUCAACUGGGAUCAGUCUCAUAACUCAAAGUGUCUGAAUAUUGAAGGUCUGAUCUCGUGCUCGGGUCUGAUCUCAUGCUCGGGUCUGAUCUCACACUCGGGUCUGAUCUCGUGCUUGGGUCUGCUGUUCUUUUCGUGGUCCUGUAAUGGACUCAUUACUGCAUCACAGUAUGUAGCGUGAAAUCCUCUUAAGUUCUAGCCCAGUGGUUUAGUCCCCAGCUCUGGACUUGCUACACAAUAGAAAAAAAAAAGUUUUAUUAUUCACCACACCAGUGAGCAAUACAUUAACACAAUAGAAAUAUCACUAGUGAAACACACACAUGUAGCACUCACACACACACCACCGUUCACAUUCUGCAAUAAAAUACUAGUCAUUUCUCACAGAAGGAAAGCAAGUGCUGAUCAUCUGCACUCUUACUGCCCUCUGUUUUAUAGAGGGUUCGGUUCUACUGUGUCUGUCAGUUUCAUAUUCUGUGAGGUUUUACUGGAUUCGUCCCAGUAACCAGUUAGAGCUCGUCCUAUUUAAACGACCGACCAGGAGCAAUACUCUGAACUGGGAGAAAGAUCAGCACAUGAUUAGUUUGUACACAGAAUAUCAGUUUUAGCGCCUUUUAAAUCUCGGUCUGUUCCACGGGACCGACGCAGAGUGUCGUAGUCACGGAGAUCACUUUAAACACACUAGAUCACUUUAAGCAGAGAGAUUUCCAUAAAACCUGAUUUCUUUAUUAAUAACACAUCUACACAUGCUUUGUCUGUCUGUCAUAGCGCGGUUAACGACUAACCGCGGGGUGGUUCGUUAGUUUGUCGAUUUCCGGAUCUUUUUGAGCGCCGCUCUAAACCCGCUCGCCGAAAAGAGCAGGCUUACGGACGUCGAUAACGGAAAACUAAACUCCACCUCGAUCUUGUACAUUGUGUGAAUAUUUGAUUAAUUCUCUUUGGGGGGAAAAAAGAAAUCCUUUUUCAAGACUCCUUUAAAUUUCUGCACAUUCAUUGGUGGAUUUAUAUGUACAGGAAAUUGUGUAAAAAAAUUAAGAAUAAUAAAUAAAUAAAUAAAUAAAUAAAUAAAUAAAUAAAU